AUGGCGCCCAAAGCCGACUGCCUCACGCUCGUCCAGCGGCAGCUAGUGGCUGCCAGGGCGCUGGGAGACAGCUCAAACAAGCCGGCCAGGGGCGGCUCCCUGCGGCGCGAGGACGAGCCUGAGGAGUACUGGACCAGCCAGAGCGAGCGUGACGGCAAGAGCCCCUUCCAGGACCCCUUGGCGCAAAUCGGAUUGUUGGCCAUCUUCUUCCCCUUCAUCUUCCUUGCAGUGGGCAUUGCAGUUGGAUGGGUGGACUUGAGUGGGGGGCGGUGA